CCCCUCACCCGCCCGUCCAUUCCGCCGCCACCACCGUUCGCCGCCGCCGCCGCGCAUUGGACGCCGAUGGACCAGUACGAGAAGGAGGAGAAGAUCGGGGAGGGCACGUACGGGGUGGUGUACAGGGCGCGGGACAGGGUCACCAACGAGACCAUCGCGCUCAAGAAGAUCCGCCUCGAGCAGGAGGACGAGGGCGUCCCCUCCACCGCCAUCCGCGAGAUCUCGCUGCUCAAGGAGAUGCAGCACGGCAACAUCGUCAAGCUACACGAUGUCAUCCACAGCGAGAAGCGCAUAUGGCUCGUCUUCGAGUACCUGGAUCUGGACCUCAAGAAGUUCAUGGACUCUUCUCCAGAGUUUGCCAAGAGCCCUGCGUUGAUCAAGUCAUAUCUCUAUCAGAUACUCCGCGGCGUUGCUUAUUGUCAUUCUCAUAGAGUUCUUCAUCGAGAUUUGAAACCUCAGAAUUUAUUGAUAGAUCGGCGUACUAACGCACUGAAGCUUGCAGACUUUGGUUUAGCCAGGGCAUUUGGAAUCCCUGUCCGUACAUUUACUCAUGAGGUAGUAACAUUAUGGUACAGAGCUCCAGAAAUUCUUCUUGGAGCGAGGCAGUAUUCCACACCAGUUGAUGUGUGGUCAGUGGGCUGUAUCUUUGCAGAAAUGGUGAACCAGAAGCCGCUGUUUCCUGGUGAUUCUGAGAUUGAUGAAUUAUUUAAGAUAUUCAGGGUACUUGGCACUCCAACAGAACAAACUUGGCCAGGAGUGAGCUCCUUGCCUGACUAUAAGUCUGCUUUCCCCAAGUGGCAGGCAGAGGAGCUGGCCACUGUUGUCCCCAAUCUUGGAUCUCUUGGCUUGGACCUUCUCUCCAAAAUGCUUCGGUUCGAGCCAAGCAAAAGGAUCACAGCUAGGCAGGCUCUGGAGCAUGAGUACUUCAAGGACAUCGAGUUGGUACAAUGAGCUGGCUAUUUAUUUGAUGUUGCAUUGGUUGACAUAUGUAUGAGCUGGGCUGCUCAUUUCAUUCCUUUCGUGAACGUUGUGGCUUUGGCAUUUUUGUCAUUCAGCUGGAUAAUUCGGAUCUGGUGUGUUGGAGGUGUACUCAGGAAUGCUAAAUAGAUUACCAUCUUGGUCUCUAUUUGUUCAAAGUAAAUAUUCCCGUGUGUUUGUUUA